AUGCCUUAUCCUCUCGCUACUCACGUCCUUACCGUGGACCCCAACGUUAUCCACAAGGUCGACACCUCAAAUCCUCAGAAUCUCUACAGCAUGUGGACCGUCUUCGCAAAGUGCGCAGAGUCUGUUGAGCAGGGCCGCAGGUUAGAGAACCUCAGCUGGCGCAUGUGGAACCACGAGACCUUCUGCUGCGCCGAGGAGGAGCAAGAAGCCUCCAUCACCGCCACCAGCCAACCCAGAGAAAUCCCCCAGACCAGCAGGUUACAAGACGUCCCUCAGCUGUCUGGCAGCGUCGACUCCGAAAACGAAGACGAAGCCGUCGAGUUCACCUCCACCUCCGCCCCCCUCGAGAUCCGCCCCCGCAUCCAAAGACAAGACUCCUGCGCGAGCAACCGCAGCAGAGGCAAGGAGCGCCACAUCACCGCCGGCGAUUUUGAGAAGAUGGUCGUCUCCAUCAUCAAGGAGAACGAGCCUCUCUCUGCCCCUCUCCCCCAGAUCGCAUCACCUUACAUGCCGCCUCAGAAGGAAACCCCCGACCUGGCUCCCGCCUCGCCUUCCUACGAGCACUCUGGAUCUACUACCACCGAGUCUCCUUGCAAGUCUUCAGAAGAGGAGCACUCCCAAGAGCCUCCAUCUCCCGAGAUCAACUCCCGUACCACCGUCGUCCGCGGCUUCUCUCCUUCCCAAGUACCAAUCGCCCGCCCUGUGCCGGCGUCUGCCAAGGUCAUCUCCCCUGCUGCCAUUCCCGAGCCGAGCUCUUCGCCUGCCGCCAAGCGCGUGCAGUCAAAGAAGCAGCCCAUGUUCGCUCUUGGCGGUUCUUGCUCCUCCAGUGAGCAGGGACAGAGCGUUGAGCAACUGCGCCCUAUCCCGGCACCUGCCCCCAAGCGCAAGAUGUUCCAGGUUGGCGGCUCCUCUGAGGAGGACAGUUCCCUGAAGAGCGCCCUCGCUUCGGGCCCUAGCUCGCUGCUCACCGGCCAGAAGAAGACCACUUCCUUUGCCGACCACGUCCUCACCAGCACCAUUAACGACAACUCUGCCAUUGCCGACGACUCGGACACCGACUACGUCGACGAGAGCGCCAUUGACGACGAGGAUGACUCUUCCGACUGGGAAGACUCGAUCGAGGACAGCAACAAGUCUAGCAUUGACGAGAAGACCUUCUUCCAGCGUGUAGACUCAAAGGUCAACCUGACCUCGCGUCGCUCGCUUAUUACCCUCAUGAUUGAUCAGCAGAACGACCGCGGCCGCGUUGGCAACAUUGCCUCGCAGUCUACCUCGGCGCUCCCUUGGACUCGCACUAGCCAUCCGGCCCCGCCUACCUUGGCUGUCUCUCCGAACGACUCCGAUGAUGCUCCUCUGAUGAUGAAGCGUGGUAACCGAUCCUCGCCUCUGAAGCCCAUCACCGAGGUGCCUCGGUCCGCUGCUCAGCCUAUCACCGCGACUGCCAGCCACAGCCACCUGCAGGCCGCCCUCUCUCCCCGAACCACCCGACGCAACAUGCUCGCGACUGAGCUUACCGAGUCUCUCCGACGCAACCUCCUUUGGGAGCGUCAGCAGAAGUCCUCUACUGCCAAUGCAGUCCUCAAGCGCCGCCACACCUCCCACGACGUCGCGAACCUGAAGCAGUACCCCGAGAAGGCCUACAUCAACAAGAAUGAGGAUGUUCCCGUCGCUCCUCAGUACUUCUCCAAGGACACUGACAACUUUGGCGGUUACCACUCCAAGGGCUGGUAA